GCUGGGGCAUCUCUGAGGCACUGCAGGAGGCACUGCCCAGGGCACGCGACGGCUUCUGCAGCUCAAGGGGGAGUGCCAAGUGGAGGUUUUAUCGAUCUCGCGGCGAUAAGACGCGGAAGUUUUAAAGUACCAGGGGUGAGGAAGUGCCUGCUUAUUCGUACCUGUUCGUGUGCAUGCGUGUCCGUGCCGUACGUGGCAGCCGUAACGAGCGAGGAUCUACAGGAUACCGGGCUGUGCAACCCAGGCCGGCCAGUGUGGCCUCCCCAAGCCGUGCCUGCAGUCGCCGAGAGGAAGCCCCGGUGCGGUGUGAAAGCGAGCGUCGUCAUUACGCCACGGCUCAAUUAGACACUGAGGGUCUCCUCUCUGCUCGUUGCCUAAACCAAGGACACCAUACCUGCGUUAUCUGUACGUGAGGUUUCCAGUCCGCCUCCUUCUCGACGGCUCAUCAGGUUGAGGUCCGGCCCCGAGCUCCCCUCCCCUCCCCCCCGAGUGUGGAGCUUCCUGCGCCUCGGGCGGUGAGCUUCGUGUUUCUCUCUCGCGCGGGAGCCUCCUUCAGCACCGCCGCCACCGCCUUCACUACCUACUGUGAUAACGCCGUGUCCUUCGGAAGAUUGUGAUCUCCGACGCUCGUUCAUUUUUCCUCCGGUCUCUGUGGCGGGUAGGGUACCUCAACCACCCCCCUCCCCCCGCGAAGCCGCCACGCUACGAGAGCUACGCCCGUGCUGCCUUAUUCUCGCGACGCCCGCCCUCGGAACGCACUCCGCCGCGGUCGCCACCACUGCUCACACUGCUCUACCUGACGCCCGCGCCCACUAGUUCCUGAGUAGACGAAUCAUGGGGCGCAAGAAGAUCCAGAUCUCCCGCAUCACCGACGAACGGAACAGACAGGUAACCUUCAACAAGCGGAAGUUUGGAGUAAUGAAGAAGGCCUACGAGCUCUCAGUGUUGUGCGACUGUGAGAUCGCACUCAUUAUAUUUUCGUCCUCCAACAAACUUUACCAGUACGCGUCGACGGACAUGGACAAAGUGUUACUCAAGUACACGGAGUACAAUGAGCCACACGAGUCUCUCACCAACAAGAAUAUCAUUGAGGCUCUGAACAAGAAGGAACAUAAGAAUGGCUUACAGUCUCCCGACUCCCCAGACGGCGAACAAGACUACACCCUGACCCCACGCACCGAGGCCAAGUACAACAAGAUUGAUGAGGAAUUUACACUCAUGAUGCAGCGUAACCAGAUCAACGGAGGCACUCGACAACCGGUGGGACUGAACAACUACAACAUGGCCGUGACCGUUCCCGUAAACAACACCGCGUACGACCCGGCCCUCAUGCAGCCGUCGCCGCAGAUGUCUCACGCCUCACUGUCCCCGCGCCCCGGAUCUUCCAGUGGCAUGCUGGAUAUGAACGGUUCCAACGGCUACCCCGGUUCGACGUCACCUCUGCCCCAGGGAGGAGCGCCCUCACCCGGACUCCUCACUCGACCGCACUCCUCCAAGACCCACUCGCCUACCAGACCGAACCUCCGCGUCCACAUCCCAAACCCUCAAGGACAGACGCAGAAUCCCCGGCCGGGCUCUCCCUCACUGAACACUCCUGUAGUAUCACAUCAGGCGACACCCGGAAACCCAUCGACGACAUACUCACCUCUCAACACAUUUCCACAUCAGGACUUCCAGCUAAAUUCAGACAUUUCUCUUAACCCUCUCAAUUCCCUCAAUUCUAUUCAUCAGUGGAACCCGGGCUCGUUGGGAAUGUCGCACUCCGGUUUGCCACACCUCAGCGUCAGUUCCUCGACUCCGCCUCCAGCUUCGUCGCCGCCGGUAAGGAUCAAAUCAGAACCCAUCAGUCCUCCACGAGAUGCCAACUGCGUCCCCGCCUCCCACCUGCAAAGACCAGCAUCCACAGACCCCGGUCACCUGUCGCCCGCACCGCCGUCACACUUGGGUCCAUCUUCCAACCAUCCUGUGCACACACAUUACAAUACACUCUCAGGCCAUCUAACGCCAACAUCACACGCAUCGCCUGAUGGAACCUCACACCACACCGAGUAUGAUACUCCGUUGAGCAAACGGCCGAGGCUGACAGAGGGCUGGACCACAUAGUGAGGUGCAACGAGUGCCAGCACGUGCACCAGUGAGAGGACACUCAGUGCUGCGUGAUCAGUGCCUGGCGGGCAGGGGGCGCCGUCCCCAGGGCCACACUAGCCCUCACAAUCGUGCCCCCACCGCCUCUGCCUCUAUGGACCACAACGGUUGUUAACUGUACAAAAAGACUUGGGGAGCAGAGUGUGUGUCCUUCGCCAUGUGUGUGAGUGUCAGUGCCGCACUACCGUGACAGUGCCAAGAGAGGAGCUACAAGCCCUGCUCCCCGGCCUCCUGUGUUUGUGAAUCACAUUCCCUUACUCCCUUCUGCCAGUCCUGCCCCAGCCUGCCUAACUGCAACAGCCCUCCAGCCAAUGGGAACUGGCAUAAACGAGGUGAACUCUGUCCUUGGUAGCCUUAGUAAUAAAGGCUGAGGGCUGUCAUGGUCUGCUGCCUAGUAGCAGAGAGAAGCAAUUCAUUGCCAAUCUGGUUUGAAGCAGGAAUGUUCAGUAGCCGUCACAUGCUUGAGUGAAUUGUGCUGCUGGCCAUCUUCUAGUUGGGGUUGCCUUCUAUCCAUCUGAGAGAAAGCCUCAGGAUACAUUCUGAUCAUCUAAAAGAUGGAUUUCAGAUGGCUCCUGCUUGUCUCAAGAGAUGGCUUCCAGAUGCCUCCUGCCCAUCUGAGAGAUGACCUCAGGAAGCUUCCUGGCCAGUUGAAACAAACAUUUUUCAUUGCCAUGGUAACAUCAUCUGCAGAUCACAACUGUCUGUCACCACCACCUAUGUACUUGUUAGUUCUGGCUCAAUGUAAAUAAGCAAAAGA